UCAUCUAUCUUCGACGGUAGGGAUGCUCUCCUCCCUCUUCAUUCAUCCUUCAGUCUACUUUCAAGAUCUUAACAAACCCAAAACUGAUUCGACCCAAUUCGACACGAUUGCGACCUGAAAAUGACCGUAAAGGGUGGCACAAGCCAGGCAUGUGCCGCUUGUAAGUACCAGCGUCGCAAGUGCUCGGCAGAUUGUCCAUUGGCGCCUUACUUUCCACCCGAUCAACCAAAGCAGUUCCAAAACGCUCAUCGUCUAUUUGGAGUUAGCAAUAUUCUUAAAAUUUUAAAACAAUUGGAUGCCAGCCAGAAGCUUGAGGCGAUGAAGUCCAUUGUCUAUCAAGCUAACAUUCGCGACAAGUAUCCUGUCCAUGGUUGUUUAGGCAUUGUCUGUCAGCUACAGAUUCAAAUACAUCAUUUGCAACAAGAACUCGACAAUGUCAAUGCACAGCUCACUCUAUAUAGGCAACAUCACCCACAGAUCAUGUCGUCACCUGCUCCAUCAUCACAGCUUCAAUUGGGCACUGGCGCUACGGCCACGCCACACAAUGCACUUACGCUCUUUCGUCACAAUCAGCCCAUCAACACGAUAUCCACAGGAAUGUCCUUCAAUGGCAACCUGAAUCAAUUGUGGCCACAGCAUAUUCAUGGCUUUAACAACGACACAGCAGCAAUUCAACCUCAAUUCGUUCAACCUUUGGCUUGCCAGCAACAAAAGGUUGAGUCCACUCAUGAAUAUGAUGAGAUCAUAUCUCCAUUCUUGGAGACCGGCGAUGAUAGACAGUCUUACAUAGACUCCAAAGAAGCUUACGAAUGCAGCAGCUCCGAAGAGUCAUUGAAGGACACGACGCAAUCGAUGGAGCAUGUAGUGGAGAACGAACUGAAGAGUGCUGCCGCAUGUCUUUCGCUUACCAGUAUCAAUUGAUGAGAAAAAGAAUAAUGUACUAAACCUGCGUUUGGUCGAAUCAAUAUCAUGAAAUGAAAAUUUUCAUAAU